CAAAUGAGAGAGAGAGAGAGAGUCAGCGAUCAGAAGGCUAUAAAUAAGUCUGCAACAAUUAAUCAAAGAAAUGAGGAAGGAAGAAAUGGAAAGCUUAGGCUGCUCCAUUGAAAUGGAGCCAAGAACUCUGAGUGGAGGAAAAAUCAGCAAUGCCAGGGAGGAAGCAGUUGAAAUAUUCUUAAAUAGGGAUCCUGAAGAAGCUUCUCUUAUUUUUAGCAAGGGAAAGAAGGAUGGCAAUACUGCCGGAGAGAGGAAAAAAGAGCGAUUUCCUGAAGUUUCUAUCAAGCGAUGGAGAAAUGCUUCAGUGAAUUCUACCAAAUCUAAGGGAUUGGACUAUAUGAGGAAUGCAAGAGAGCCUUUAUCUUCUCCAUUCUGAGUUACUUUGUAAUUUUAUCAGAAUUUGAUGUAUAAUCUACACUGAAGAGAUUCAAUUAUGUGGGCAUCAUUUCUUAUACUAAUCGACUUCCAAUCUAAAACUUUAUAAUUUGUCAA